UUCCUGAAGUGCGGGGCAGGAAGCUAUCUGGAAUCUCUGGAGUCUUGUGCCUCGAGUGCUGCCUGCUGCUCUGGUGGAGGCGAGAACUGGAGGCGGCGGGUCUGCAGACUGGCUGUUCUGUCCGGCCGCAGCUCGGGGCCGUCCCUAUCGUACCACCACGGCCCCCUCCUUCAGCCCCGAGCCUGACGCGGCCGCCCGGGGGCCUCCUGCCAGCUCCUUGACGCCGCUCCACGGGGCGCCUACCUGGGCAUCGCCUGGACCUCCAGCCAGAGAACUGGCUUCUAGCUUCCGUGAGAAGCUGCCUUGUCACCCCGCGCCCUGUCCCCCUCCCUGAGCCAUCGAGACCCCGGUCCAGAGCUACAGCCUUGGACCUGGGACUAGCCGGAUCCAAGACGCUAAGCCCCGGCCCCCCACAGACCGGACUCUGCAUCGUAUCAGAUAUGUCACCCACCGUUUCCCACAAGGACAACAGUCGGCAGCGACGGCCUGGGACGUUCAACCACUCUUUGGACUUGAAGAGCGGGCCUCAGCCGCUGGGCGGCUGGGAUGACAGUCAUCCGGACUUGGUGGGCGGGGAAGGGGACAGAGAAGCCCUGCUGCGGGAUGCUGGCACUGGUGAUUUCUCCAAAGCCCCUCUGAGCUGCCGAGCGGAAUUAAGCAGCAUUUUGCUGUUGUUUUUUCUUUAUGUGCUCCAGGGCAUUCCCCUCGGCCUGGCUGGAAGCAUCCCACUCAUUCUGCAGAGCAAAAAUGUUAGCUAUACGGACCAAGCUUUCUUCAGUUUUGUCUUUUGGCCCUUCAGUCUUAAAUUGCUCUGGGCCCCGCUGGUUGAUGCCGUUUACUUUAAGAGCUUCGGUCGUCGCAAAUCAUGGCUCGUGCCUACCCAGUAUAUACUGGGGCUCUUCAUGAUCUACUUAUCCACCCAGGUGGACCGUAUGCUCGGGAAUACUGAUGGCACAGCCCCCGACGUGGUGGCGCUCACUGUGACGUUCUUUUUGUUUGAAUUCCUGGCUGCCACUCAGGACAUCGCUGUGGAUGGUUGGGCGUUAACUAUGUUGUCCCGGGAAAACGUGGGUUAUGCUUCUACUUGUAAUUCAGUGGGCCAGACAGCGGGCUACUUUUUGGGCAAUGUUUUGUUUUUGGCCCUAGAAUCUGCGGACUUUUGUAACAAAUAUUUGCGGUUUCGGCCUCAACCAAGGGGAAUCGUUACUCUUUCAGAUUUCCUUCUUUUCUGGGGAGCUGUAUUUUUAAUAACAACAACUUUAGUUGCCCUUCUGAAAAAAGAAAACAAGGAAGUGUCAGAAAAAGAAGAAACUCAAGGAAUCACAGAUACUUACAAGCUGCUUUUUGAAAUUAUAAAAAUGCCAGCAGUUCUGACAUUUUGCCUUCUCAUUCUAACUGCAAAGAUUGGUUUUUCAGCAGCAGAUGCAGUAACAGGACUGAAAUUGGUAGAAGAGGGAGUACCCAAAGAACAUUUAGCCUUAUUGGCAGUUCCAAUGGUUCCUUUGCAGAUAAUAUUGCCUCUCAUUAUAAGCAAAUAUACUGCAGGUCCCCAGCCACUAAAUGUAUUUUACAAAGCCAUGCCCUACAGAUUGUUGCUUGGACUGGAAUAUGCGCUACUGGUUUGGUGGACUCCUAAAGUAGAACACCAAGGGGGAUUCCCUAUAUAUUACUAUGUUACAGUGCUGUUGAGUUAUGCAUUGCAUCAGGUUACAUUGUACAGCAUGUAUGUUUCUAUAAUGGCUUUCAAUGCAAAGGUUAGUGAUCCACUCAUUGGAGGAACAUAUAUGACCCUUCUAAAUACUGUUUCCAAUCUGGGAGGAAACUGGCCUUCUACAGUAGCUCUCUGGUUGGUAGAUCCCCUCACAGUGAAAGAAUGUGUAGGAGCAUCAAACCAGAAUUGUGGAACACCUGAUGCUGUUGAGCUUUGCAAAAAACUUGGUGGCUCAUGUGUUACAGCAUUGGAUGGUUAUUACGUGGAGUCCAUUAUUUGUGUUUUUAUUGGAUUUGGUUGGUGGUUCUUUCUUGGUCCAAAAUUUAAAAAGUUACAGGAUGAAGGACCUACUUCAUGGAAGUGUAAAAGGAGCAAUUAAUCCAUUCACUACUGGACAUUCUAGAAAGGUUGAAUUUUAGAAUGGGGUUUUAUAAGUUAUGGAGGAUAAAAUGGGUGGGAGAAAAUGGCACUCAGCAUCUGAAGAAAAGUAGAGACAGUAACCUCUAGAACUCAUGCAUUCCCAUGGGGAAGUCUGUGUUGGGCAUCAGUAUCAGAUCCUGAAGACUCGCCUGGAAAAUCAUCCUAGAGACAAGGAGCUACAGCAAACCAUAGACUACAGUACUUUGUCAGAUGGGCUGUCCAUUAUGUAUUAUAAUCAAAAUGUUUACUUGAAUAAAGAAAAACCCACUUAA